CUGCGAGCAGCUGAGGCGCUGCCGCCUGCCCGGACGACGCUGCGUUCCCUGAGCCGUGCUCCUACCUGCCAGGCGCGGCCUCCCGCUGUCUCCCCCCCCGCGCGGCGCCUCCUCCAGGCCCCAGCACACCGUGCCAACCCCGUGGCCGCCGCUGCCCUGCCGGGACCGAGAGGAGGAAGCAGGCUCCGCGCGGAGCAUACUGGAAGGCCGAACUCAUGGUCAUGUGAGUUAACUCCUGCUUUGCUCACAGAUUUUAUCCUGAUGGCUGACUCUAAACCACUCUUCUCCCUUGAUGGGGACCCCAUGGCUGCAGAAGCCUUGCUCCGGGAUGUGUUUGGGAUUGUUGUGGAUGAGGUCAUUCGGAAAGGGACCAGUGCCUCCGAGAAGGUCUGCGAGUGGAAGGAGCCUGAGGAGCUGAAGCAGCUGCUGGACCUGGAGCUGCGCAGCCAGGGCGAGGCGUCGGAGCAGAUCCUGGCACGGUGCCGGGAGGUGAUCCGCUAUAGUGUGAAGACCUGUCACCCGCACUUCUUCAACCAGCUCUUCUCAGGGUUGGAUCCCCAUGCUCUGGCGGGGCGCAUUGUCACUGAGAGCCUCAACACCAGCCAGUACACUUACGAAAUCGCCCCCGUGUUUGUGCUCAUGGAAGAAGAGGUGUUGAAGAAACUCCGGGCCCUGGUGGGCUGGAGCUCUGGGGAUGGGGUCUUCUGCCCUGGUGGCUCCAUCUCCAACAUGUAUGCCGUGAACCUGGCCCGCUAUCAGCGCUACCCGGAUUGCAAGCAGAGGGGCCUCCGGGCGCUGCCGCCCCUGGCACUCUUCACAUCAAAAGAGUGUCAUUACUCCAUCAAGAAGGGAGCUGCUUUUCUGGGACUUGGCACCAACAGUGUCCGAGUAGUCAAGACAGAUGAGAGAGGGAAAAUGGUUCCUGAGGACCUGGAGAGGCAGAUCAGUCUGGCCGAGGCUGAGGGUGCUGUGCCGUUCCUGGUUAGCGCCACCUCUGGCACUACUGUGCUGGGGGCCUUUGACCCCCUGGAGGCAAUUGCUGACGUGUGCCAGCGUCACGGGCUGUGGCUCCAUGUGGAUGCUGCCUGGGGUGGGAGCGUCCUGUUGUCACAGACACAUAGACAUCUACUGGAUGGGAUCCAGAGGGCUGACUCCGUGGCCUGGAAUCCUCACAAGCUUCUGACAGCAGGCCUGCAGUGCUCAGCUCUUCUUCUCCGGGAUACCUCGAACCUGCUUAGGCGCUGCCACGGGUCCCAGGCCAGCUACCUCUUCCAGCAAGACAAGUUCUACGACGUGGCUCUGGACACAGGAGAUAAGGUGGUGCAAUGUGGCCGCCGCGUGGACUGUCUGAAGCUGUGGCUCAUGUGGAAAGCACAGGGCGGGCAAGGGCUGGAGCGGCGCGUCGACCAGGCCUUUGCCCUUGCCUGGUACCUGGUGGAGGAAUUGAAGAAGCGAGAAGGAUUUGAGUUGGUCAUGGAGCCGGAGUUUCUCAAUGUGUGUUUCUGGUUCGUGCCCCCCAGCCUGCGGGGGAAGCAGGAGAGCCCGGAUUACAGUGAAAGGCUGGCUAAGGUGGCCCCAGUACUCAAGGAGCGCAUGGUGAAGGAGGGCUCCAUGAUGAUAGGCUACCAGCCCCAUGGGACCCGGGGCAACUUUUUCCGCAUGGUUGUGGCCAACCCAGCGCUGACCCGGGCUGAUAUGGACUUCCUUCUCAACGAGCUGGAAAGGCUAGGCCAGGACCUCUGAGCCUCCUCCUCUUCCUCCUUGCUGCUGGCCCUGACACACACCCCCACCCCC